ACCACCACCAGUCAGUCAACGCGUUGUACAUUGCCCUCCUUUCCCUCCUCAAAGCCUCAGACGACCCUCACCAACUCGCUCACGCGCUCGAUCACUGAAGCAGCACACAGCACAGCAGCAGCAGCAGCAGGCAGCCAUCCCAGCCAUGGCGGCCGGCGGCAGCGGAGGCGAGGCCGCGCAGAAGGCGCUGCAGUCGGUGGCGCAGAGCACGGGGUGGACGUACAGCCUCCUCUGGCGCCUCUGCCCGCGCCAAGGCGCGCUGGUCUGGGCGGAGGGCUACUACAACGGCGCCAUCAGGACGCGCAAGACGACGAUGACGACAGUGCGUCAGCCGGCGGGCGCGGAGGACGCCGGGGACGAGGAGACGGCGCUGCGCCGCAGCCGGCAGCUCAAGGAGCUCUACGACUCGCUGGCGGCGGGGGAGGCCGCUUACGACGGUGGUGGAGGAGUCGGCGACCCACAGCAGCAGCACCAGCAGCAGGUGGCGGUGGUGCCGCCGCCUCGCCGGCCCGUCGCCGCGCUGGCGCCCGAGGACCUGACGGAGACGGAGUGGUUCUACCUCAUGUGCGCCUCCUACUGCUUCCCUCCUGCCGUCGGGUUGCCCGGGGAGGCGUUUGUAAGGAGAGCUCAUGUGUGGCUAUGUGGUGCAAACAAAGCUGACAGCAAGGUGUUCUCAAGAGCAAUUCUCGCUAGGAGUGCAGGUAUACAGACAGUAGCAUGCAUUCCAGUCGACGAUGGUGUCCUGGAAAUUGGAACUACAGAAAAGGUAGAAGAAGACAUUUUCUUAAUUCAACAUGUUAGGAACAUCUUCGUGGAUCAACAUGGCGCCCACAUAAUGCCUACCACCCUCUCAGGGUAUUCAACUUCCACCCCAACCACACAGCUUAAUCAUCAGCCAUUCCAGACAAAAACAGGAAUCAGUCUCAAUCUAGGAGACGAGCAUAAUAGUGAAAUGGAAGAUGAUGACGACGGCAGGAUUGAUUUAGAGAACAAUACUGAAAAUGAUUCAACAAGGCGGCAUUUGCCACAGGACGCCAGUGUAGGCAAUGAGCUGGAAACGCUCAAUGCAGAGAGCAGUGGGCCGAUGCUGAUUGCUAAUCUGACAGCGCAGGAUGAAUAUUGUCCGUUGCAUCGUUUUCACAGUGAAGACCUAAGCAGUAAAUACCUACAGUCAUCAGGGGCAGAAGAUCAAGCAGCAGUAGCGGAAAACGCACACUACAUCAAAACGGUCCUUACAAUCCUACGGUUCAACGCGUGCCGGCAAACGCAAGCAGCCUCCUCAAACAUCGCCAAAACCUACCUGGCACUCUCCAAGAACUCGCCAUUCUCAAAAUGGAACUGGAAGCGCAAAGGAAUAAGCAGCAUGUUGAUCCCUGAGGGCACCCAGCAGAGGAUGCUCAAGAGCGUCCUGCUCGGUGCUCCUAGCAGCAGCAGUCACCGGACGUCGUCCUCAGCACCUGAGACGAGGGGUGACGAUGGCGAAGGCACGAGCCGGUCUCGGAGAGGUCCGGUGCCGUCCCAGACAGAGCUGAGCGCCAGCCAUGUCCUCAAGGAGCGGCGGCGGAGGGAGAAGCUCAACGAAGGGUUCGCCAUGCUCCGGUCCUUGGUGCCGUUCGUCACAAAGAUGGACAGGGCGUCGAUCCUGGGCGACACGAUCGAGUACGUGAAGCAGCUACGGAGGCGUAUCCAGGAGCUGGAGUCACGAGCUCGGCUGGUUGGCAGCAACCAGAAGACGACGAUGGCGCAGCCGCCGCCGCCUGCAGCCUCAACGGAGGAGAGAGGUCGUCGUCAAACCAGCGGCGGUUACCUCGCUCGCGCAGGUACAUGCAGCAGAGCAGCGGAGGCGAGCGGCAACAGCAACCUCGGGGAGGAGCCUCCGGCGGCGGCGGCGAGCGACACCGACACGGAGGUGCAGGUGUCCAUCAUCGGGAGCGACGCGCUGCUGGAGCUCCGGUGCCCGCACAGGGAAGGGCUCCUGCUCCGGGUCAUGCAGGCGUUGCACCAGGAGCUCCGGCUGGAGAUCACCUACGUCCAGGCCUCCUCAGCUGGCGACGUGCUACUUGCAAAGCUGCGUGCAAAGGUGAAGGAGGUGCAUGGCAGGAGAAGCAGCACCACUGAAGUGAAGAGAGCAAUUCACCUCAUCGUUUCAUCAGACUGGAACUGGAUAUGCGAGAAGAAUCCAUGUGUAGCAUAGUAUUAAAUACAUAUACAGACUAUAUGGGCCGGCCCAAAUUUACACACAUACAUCUUAACAUUUUGCUAAAAAAAACAUAUAGCCCAACACUCCCCAUCAUAUAUCUAUCGUUCUCAUCUUGCUGCAUGCUAUAUUACACUAUUUACUGCUGAAUCCUUGGCAAAAUAAUCCGCUAUUUGAUA